AUGGAUACCGACUCUCUCUUGAAAGCGCUGAGCCAGGCUGCUUCUUCCCCACAUGUUCAAACAGACACCACGGAUAUUCAACGCCGGGAUAUUUACUAUGCAUGUCAAAAGCUCUCUACAAGUUUGGAGACCCCAAUUGAUCGGCUGAUGAGAAGUUCAUUUGAUUUUGUAUCGCCUCUUAUUCUCAGGGUAGCAAUAGACCUUGGGAUCUUUGAUCUUUUCAACCAAGAGUGUCAAUCCCACCGAGAAUUUGAUGUCUCCGAGAUUGUCAUCCACACAAAGAGUGGGGAGCCACUGAUAUCCCGGAUCAUGAGGUUUCUCAUUACGAUUCAUAUCAUUGACGUGACAGACGAUGGGAAGUGCAAAGCUAAUAGCUUCACCAAGACCAUUCGGCCGGGAACUGAGAUCCAUGCUCUGAUCAUAAUGCUCAGUACUAUACUAAAAUCAGUUGAUGAGGAUAGUGGCUUGUUUAUCCCACUCCUCGGCAGGCUCCCCGAAUAUCUGAAACACAAUGGACACACAGUCCCAGAAAAUCCCAAAAAUGGAGUGUUCCAGUAUGCUUAUAACACUGAGUCGCAUAUUUAUGAUUGGUUCAAUAAAAACAAACUGGAAGAGGACGCAUUCCAUCAAAUGAUGGCUAGCAGACCAAGCUCCCAUGGGGGUAUGUGGACAGACUAUAUCCCAGAUAAAUGGAUCCUUGAGAAGUUCCCAUCAGAAGUCCACUCUGAUGAGAUCACAAUCGUUGAUAUGGGCGCCAGUUCUGGUAAUGUUCUGGAUGCCGUCAAGAGAAGGCUGCCCUCGGAAAGUGUGCGACUGAUUCUGCAAGACCUCGAAGAUGUGACCGAAGGGAAGCACCAUGCUACAUCUUUGUGCCAAACGAAGAAAGGUGCGCCUGAAAACAUCGAAAAGAUGAAGCACAACUUUUUUGAUCCCCAGCCUGUCGAAGGUGCCAAUAUCUAUAUUCUGGCACGAGCGCUCCAUAAUUGGCCAGAUAAAGAAGCCUUGAUGAUUUUACAGCACAUUCAGGUCGCCAUGAACCAACAUUCAACUCUUCUUAUCUAUGACUGUGUGUUUCCAGACCGGCUAGAGGUUAUAUCCUAUAACGAUGUUGCCUCCGACAUGGUCAUGAUGGCGGCACUUGCAUCACUUGAACGCACCGAGGGACACAUCAAAAAACUUCUCCAUUCAGUUGGGCUUAAGGUGGUUAAUGUCUGGCGCAGUCCACAAGAUGAUGAUAAGCAAGCGAUACUGGAGAUUGUCCGAGAAGAUCAGCCUUCCACAUGA